UCGGGCUCCGGCUUCGGCGAUCGCAGCACCGCAGCGCGGCUCCGGCUCGGCAGCAUGGCUGAGAAGCGGCACGCAGGGGACGCCCAAGCCCGGCGGGUCCCCGACUCCUUCAAGGAUUCCCCCAGUCCAGGCCUUGGACCUUGUGGAUGGAUUUUGGUGAUUGUGUCAUUCUUGUUCACAGUUAUAACAUUCCCGGUAUCAAUAUGGAUGUGCAUCAAGAUCAUAAAAGAAUAUGAAAGAGCCAUCAUCUUUAGAUUGGGUCGCAUUUUGCAAGGAGGAGCCAAAGGACCAGGUUUGUUUUUUAUCCUGCCAUGCACUGACAGCUUCAUCAAAGUGGACAUGAGAACUAUUUCAUUUGAUAUUCCUCCCCAGGAGAUCCUUACCAAGGACUCGGUGACAAUCAGCGUGGAUGGCGUGGUCUAUUACCGCGUCCAGAACGCCACCCUGGCUGUGGCAAACAUCACCAAUGCUGACUCGGCUACCCGCCUCUUGGCACAAACGACCCUGCGGAACGUCCUGGGCACCAAGAACCUUUCUCAGAUCCUCUCUGACAGAGAGGAAAUUGCACACAACAUGCAGUGCACCCUGGACGAUGCCACUGAUGACUGGGGAAUAAAGGUGGAGCGUGUGGAAAUCAAGGACGUGAAGCUGCCUGUGCAGCUCCAGAGAGCGAUGGCUGCAGAAGCAGAAGCGUCCCGUGAGGCCCGAGCCAAGGUGAUUGCAGCCGAGGGAGAGAUGAACGCGUCCAGGGCUCUGAAGGAAGCCUCCAUCGUCAUCACAGAGUCUCCUGCGGCCCUUCAGCUCCGGUACCUGCAGACACUGACCACCAUCGCUGCUGAGAAGAACUCAACGAUCGUCUUCCCCCUGCCCAUAGAUAUGCUGCAAAACAUCAUGGGGAUGAAGAAGUGAGCCCCGAGGCCAGUGCAGAGUGCGCUUCCCUCCCAGGGGUGGAGCGGGGACCAAACUAGCCUUCAGACCUUAAGGAGAGGGUAGGGCAGAACCGUGGCUGUUCUCCCUCCCUUUCCUUCCCUUUCUGCUGUGUGUGAUGUUCUUAGAGUGUAUAGUGAUCAUAACCGCAGGCAAAAAAAGGCUGUUAGCUUAUGUAAAUACUGAGAGAGAAUUCGGUGAUAUGUAAGAUAAUCUGACUCUUUAAAACAUUUAAAAGUUCUUCUAUUUAGAUGAUUAUGCAAUAGAUUAAAUCCCUCCUCUUUGACUUGCAUUAGUCAUUCUGCACCCGCUGUCAGCAGCUGGCCACAGGCAAGAAAAUAGGCUUUUCCCACCGCCUGACCCUGACUGGACAGGGCUUAGCAGGACACAGUGACUGCAGGCGGCAAGCAGCUUCUCUGGCCCACUUGUGCCUUACUUGCAGGGACUCUCAAUUAAAGACAUUUUCCUGACAUCCGUUUACUCACCCAAACCAUGUUUCAGAAUAACCCUCACUUACGAGGAGGCAUUUUCUUGCCAGUACCUCUCAGCACUGAAGGUCAUGGUCAUGACCACUGAGCAAGGUCACCCUGACCUCUGAGACCCCGACAUCCACUGCUGAGGAGGUCCUGUUAAAAUUAUGCUGGGUCUUUUUUUUUUUUAACUUCUUUGAGCCUCUUGGUGAUUAAAUGACUCACCUGUGAUCUUUCAAACCAGCGAAAACACUUGUCACAAAGUGCUUUUUAUCCACUUUUGCCUAGUUACAUCAGGUUCUAAAUAGUUUUGGUUUUUUUAAAUAAAAAAUUUCUCCAGAUUCUCUUAACAGUUGUCUGUAAACCCAUUUGUAUAGCUUAAGGGCUAAUUUUUUUUCUAUUAUCUUCAGAAAACCAUUAUGUUUUCCUGUCUUCAUGCUUUAACUACUCUAGAUUAUGACCAUCUUGAUGUAAUACUGCUCAUGAAAUAAUGUAAGGGAUUACAACAGAUUGGAGACAUGAUAGCCACGAGUUUGAGAAGACACUCGAACUUGGACUGUCAUAAGGAUGUACAUCUUUAUUUGCCUAGUCAUCCCCCCACCUGUUCCUGGAAAAGGAAGUGGUCAACCCCUCUGAACAAGUUACUCAGUCUGUAAUAUUAGGAAGCCCGUCUGGAAAACUGGCUGGUGACAUUUGUCCUACUUCCUCUGAGUUCACCCAGAGAAAUGCAAGAAUAGCACCUUCUUUCCCCAGAGCCACCCCCAUACCUGUCCCUCACUCGUCAGCCCCGGCCUGGGAGUGUCCCCUCUCAUUUCCAAGUUUAUUUAAGAAAACCUUGAACCAGGUAUCCAGGCUCCUCUAUGAGUUUUUAAAUGCACAUGGAGGGAGCAUUUUUACUUAAAACUCAAGUUGCCUUUACAUUUUGAAUUUUAAAAUGAUAACUUUCUUUGGUGAAGCGGUUUAGCCUUGACCACUGAGGACGAGGAACCCCGUUUCCUGGCAGAAAUCUCUUCCCAGACCCACAGAAACAAUGUGUUCUGGCCCUGAGUUUCCCAUCUCCAGACACCAGAGUCUUUGCUCUUCUGCCUUGUGGACUCACAGCCCAGUAGGAUGGAACAUCAUAGCUCAGGAGGGAGAAGGUCUAGUGGGCGCCAUAGAAUGAGAGGGUUAGUGCAAGAGUUUUCUCCAAGUGGCCUCCCUUUCCUAUGCUGUUCGUCAUAAAGUUUGCACUUUUCCUGACUUCUUUGGGUGAACGUCUGUUUAUUUCUGCAUCUAGUGGUGGUUUUAGUUGUUCAAAAGAAACACAUCAGGUCCUCCCUGCCUUCACUCUGUCGUGUGCCCUCCUGUCCAUCUGCCAUCUCUCUGUGCAGGUACCCUAGGGCGCACCUGCCCGCAUAUCUUCCCUGGGACAUUUGUGACCCAUGCACCCCCACAAGCCUUGGCUGGUUUCAUUUCUCUUUUUUUUUUAAUCCAAAUAGGACAGGAAGUUACAUCUUGCUGUCACCCAGCUAGUCACGCAGGCAUAGCCUCAAAUUAAGUGGAGAGAAAUAGAAGCUAUAAAACCAAUGGGUGCAAAUCAGUAGCAGCUGACCUUCAAAGAACCAUCUUGAAUGAAUGGAUCUCACGUCAGCCACCUGGCUCGGUGCUCAGACACUAAUACAUACAUUCUGUGAUGUUGUCCUCAAAACAGCCUGGUGCUGUAGCUACUCAUUAUGCCUUCUAGGAGGAUGAGGAUGCUGAGGCUCAACGGUUACACUUACCAAGUCACAUGGUUGGCAAAAGCAGAGUUGGGGUUCAAACCCAACCCACCUAAUGCCAGAGUCCAGGGGGAGGGGCAACCCUCCUUUUUUCAAAGGAAACUACUCAUGAAAGAUAAGAGUCUUCUCCCAGAAUCAGUUUGUUAGGGGGAAGUGAUGUCCUGAGUUAAUCCCAUACAGGAUUAACUUUGUGGACCCCACCCCCACUCCAGACUAAAGCCAUCAAGACUCUGGGAAAGACAAAUCCCAUCACCACCAAGGGAGGGUGGUUGGGACCUGAGGGUGGAGUUGGGCAGCCAGGUUGAAUAUAAAAAACCAAACACGUGGGCCUUGGGCUCUCUCUCUGGCUCGCAAUCGCUCGCCUCCUGGCUUCACCGCUCCUGGCUGGCGGCCAGCUCUCAGAGCGCCAUUUUGGGAUUCCUAAUCGACGGAUCGGGUAGGACUCAUUUAAAACUUUGUCUCCCACUUUUCUCCCAGAGCUGCACAUUUCCUCAUUUCCCCUUCCCUUUGUAAAUAAACCUUUUAUUAACCUUUCGCGUGUGCCUGCAGUAG